GCGCGGCUGGGAAAUGCUCGCAAUGUUCUUCCUUCCGGAUAUAUCUCGUAUGGCUAAUCUGAAAUCGUUUGGUAAGGAGACCACCAUCUUUCUGCGCAAAAUUUUCUCGGAGACAAUCACUAGGCGCAUGGAAUCUGGCGAGAAGAGAUACGACCUCAUCGAUAUUCUGAUCGAGAUCAAAAAGAACAGUAGCGAUGAAGAGAUUGAAGGCUUCAAAUUCGAUGGAGAUGAUCUCAUGGCACAAGCGGCCAGUUUCUUCUCAGGUGGUUUCGAUAGUUCCACAAUACCGAUUGCUUUCACGUUGUACGAACUCGCAUUGCAACUUUAAAUUCAAAGUACACUAAGAAAAGAAAUACUCGAGGCGCUCAACGAUUCCGACGGAGAAGUCACAUACGACAUG